UCUCACUAUAAAAAAAUAAAAAUAAUCAAAUAGGACGGCUCAGACAGAAUAUUAUUCUAUGAGCUUAAUAAAGACAAUUUGGUUUGGAUAUAUAUACAAAUCCACACCCAAACUUCAAAAUAUAUAUCUCAUAUCUAUACACACAAUCGAGGAGCAACUGUGCAAUAUACAGAAAUACAGAAAUGGAUACUGCUGCUUCAUUGACGACCGUCGAUCACGGCGGUGGUGGUGGCACGACGAUCUCCGCCGUCCACCCCGACAUUCUUCAGACCCACAUCCUGACCCGACUCGACGGCCCAACCCUCGCCUCCGCCUCCUCCACGUCCUCCCAACUCCGCGCUCUCUCCUCCCAAGACCAACUCUGGCGUUACAUCUGCAACGACAAGUGGCCCUCCACCGCCCACCCACGUGUCCGCCGCCUCAUCUCCUCCUUCCCCUCGGCCCACCGCUCUUUCUUCUCCGACUCCUUCCCUUCUCUGGACCACCGCCGCUCUCCCCCCAAUCGCCGCCGUACUCCGCCUCCUCCUUCCCAGCUGUUCUCCGCCGUCGAUCUGCAUUACCAGACCAAACCCGUUCUCUCCAAGGCCCUCGCCACCGAGACUAUAACCGGGUUGAUGCUCGGCGCGGAUUUCCGGAUCGAUCUUCUCGACCCGAAAGAGACCGUUCCAAUGCCGGUGAAUUUGGAUUUCAGGGACGACACGUGCGAGUCGGAUCUCGAAGAGAACUUGACUCUCAGCUGGAUCGUGAUCGACCCGGUUCGAAAUCGGGCCGCGAAUUUCUCCAGUUUUAGACCCGUUUCGGUCGACCGGAACUGGUUGACCGGAGAUAUAGAGCUCCGGUACGUGACGGUUCUCUCCGGUGACCGGAGGGGUGAGGUGCUACAGUGUUGUGCGAUUGUCACGUGCGGGGGGAGAGAAGGAGGGGGGUUGCACGUGAGGGAGGUGAGCUUGCAGGUGGAGGACAUGGAGGGGAAAAAUUUGGGGUGGGAGGAGAGUUUGGUAAUUUUGCUGGAGGCUGUGGAGGGUGGGAAGAGAAGGAUAGGGAAGAGAGGGGAAGAGAAAGAAGGUUAUGAGAUGUGCUUGAAGAUGAAGAAAGAGAGAAGCGAGAGAAAGAAGAGGAGACAGAAGAGGCUGGAGGUGGCCAGCAUUGCCACUGCUGUCACCAUUUUCGUUGCCUUUUGGGUGUUUGUUGUUAUUAGGAUUUUACAGUUUUUACAUUUGGUUUAGAUGGGAAGUCAUAAAUUUUAUUUUAUUAUUUGUUGAAAAAAAAAAUUAGGAGGAAUGAUAAAUACGGAUGAGUGACAAAUUAAACAGUGAUAAAGGUGUAUUUUAAUCUCGUAUGUAAAUAGUAAUUUACAAUGUAAGAAGUGAUGGUGAUUGUUUCA